AUGGGCAGUUACCUGGGCAAGCCGGGACCCCCGCCAUCGUCCCCCGCAGAGGAGCGCACAGACUUGUCGGAGAGGCCGUUGAACCGCCGGCCAACUCAGCCCCUUCACCAAGUCCACCGGGUUCAGCACAUCCAUCGUGCCCACCCUGCCCCGCGUCACCGACCUGCGAGGAGGCCACCGAACUGGGAUCCUACCAAUCCCACCACGUGGGUAGUUAAUGAGGCUUGGAGGCGCUUUCCCAUGAAGAGGUCCCAGAAUUCCAUCAUGGGGCCUCUUCCCUCAGACUGGUGGGAAAGUUACUUCAAGCGCAGUGUUUGGUCUCUUCGGCACCCCCGGGCCAUAUGGAGCCCGGUGACUAUCAAGAUCGCUCCUCCUGAGCGGACAGCGCCCUGCUCCUCUUCCCCAGUAGAGGUAAUUGACUGUGCAGGGCCCUCACUCUCUAAGAAGCCCUCAGAUCCAUGUGCAAAAGAGACAGUGCUGAGGGCCCUCCGAGAGUGCAAGAAAGGGAAAGUAAGGUUGGAAGAACCACUGUUCCCUGAGAGCUUGGACCUUAAGAGAAGGACUCCGGAGACAAGGCCGUCUGCAUUUAAGCCUCUGAUAAAAAAUGGAGUCCUCACUUCUUUUGUGCCCAGGCCUGGGCCUCUAAAGAGAAGCCUCUGCCUGUGGAGCUCAGAUCACAGCCUGAAUAAGAGACCCAGUUGCUACUCCAUGAGCUCCUUGGCCAGCAUACACACAGGUGGUCCUCUUAGCUCCAAAAGAAAUGCUAUUACAAGCUCUUACAGCUCUUCUAGAGGUUUCUCUGAGCCUUGGAAGAGAAGUGUUCCCGAUGCAUCACUCCAGAUACCAGAGUGGCCAUUAAAAAAGAAAGAAAAAGGUCAUCUGUCUCACUCUCCAGUCCCAGUGGUAUCAGAAGAGUCCCUGGAAACAUCUGGCUGUUCUGGGCAGCAAAAUCAGAUUCCACUGCUUCUAUCUAGCCCUGGGGACCCGCUGUCCCUGACUCCACCUCCCCAGCCUGAUUAUGCAGCCCCUGAAGAAGAUCUGGCCUUAGGAAAGAAAGCUGGACUCCAAUGGAGCAACAAAGCCAGAGGAGUUAUGACUGAGGUCACCACAGACUCUGUCCCUGAGACUCCAUCUGCUAUUCAGCCUUCUUGGCCUCUCACCCUGCCUUCUUCAGGCACAGUUCCAAGCCAGGGCACUAAUCCUCAGUUGGAAAGCUUAAAUAAAACACAGAAGUUGCCAGGUCCACUGGCCUUCCCACAAUCCACUGGGGAGGCAACCAGUGUGGCCCACUCACCCGUGAAGACAGCAAGCCUGCUGGCCCCACUGCAGUGCUCACAGUUAGAGCCCCUUUCAUGCACCUCUUCAGACUCAAAUCCCACAGCUACUGUCAUCCUUGUGACCCCUGUUUCUCCCACAUCACCAGUCACUGACACCACACGGCCACCUUCAACCUCUCAGGCUGCUGUGCCCCGAGACUCACCUGUCGUAAUGCCUGCAGCACCCACUAUGCAAAGUACUUUGCUCGGACGGAUGAGUAGCCCAGCUCCCCGUCUUCCUGCAUCUGCACCUCCCAGUGCAACCUCUGCUGACCCCAUGUCAAAAUCCAUCUUUGGGCUUCCAACCAAUAGUGAGAUUGGAGACUCCUUAUAUUCCAGGAUUUCAGUCACAGCUGCAGCAUCUUCAAUUUCAGGUAUCUUAACUCCUGCCUUCAAGCCUAUCUUUGACAGUAUGAGACCAUUUAAAACUAUGCCCAUGAUAGCUCCUGUCUCUUUCAAGCAGACCUCUCCUCUACCUACUCCUGCUUCUACCCAUCUCUUCCAUGGCCUGGUCAAGGCUACCUCUGUAGUCAUGUCCACCAUCCCAGUCUGCACAUCCAAAGAUUCUUCUUUUAAACCGCCUUUGGAUUUUGGUGUAGUGAAUGUUACCAGUACCAUGGGCAACACUUACUCCAUCCCUUCCACUCAUCACACUUUCCUUCUUGGAGCUACCUGUGCCUUGAGAGCUAACUUCUCCCCAGCCACAGGCUUCAUUUUGCCACCACAACAGUGUCCUACCAUUCCUACUGUACACACAGUCACCAUCUUUAGCCAGGUUCUUUCCAGUGCUGUCCAGAUACUCCCUACCAGAAGCACUGCCAAUUUUAGGGUUAUUGGCAACCCUCUGUCACCUUCAGCCCUAGUAACCAGCAACCCUCCUGCAUUGUCAUCCAGGAUCUCCAAUUCAACCUCAGCAUUCACAGUUCCCUUAGGGUCAAGCUCAAGGUCACCUUUCCCACCAUCCCUGGGAGCCACUCCCCAGGUGACAUUUGCAGCUGCAUAUGGGCAGAAGCAAGGGACCCCCCAACCAGCCCUUGGCCCAAGCUUCAGUAGCUCUUUCAUUUUUGGAAACUCAACAGUGGCAUCCUCAAUCCCAACACCAUCUCUAGCCCAACCAUCCUUCAGUAGUACCACACAGUCAGCCUUUGUUGGUUUGGCACCAUCAGCCUCCACCUUUCAUGUCUCUGCCAGCUUCCAGACAGAAUUUAGCAGCACUCCAGCAAGUUUUCCCUUUGGUCAAGCUAAUACAAAGGGUUUUGGAGUUGUCACCCCAACCUGUAGGAGUGGGGCUUGUGGCCCAGUGUUUGGUAGCACAGCCCCACGACCUUUUGCCUUUGGGGGAUUAGUGACCCCUAUGGACUGUGGGGAGUCUGAGGUCAGCAUGACUGCCCCAGACAUGAGCUCCAACUCUGGAGCAUUCAGCAUUGGAGCAAUGCCUAGUGGGACCACUAGCACCAUCACACCCUCUGGAAAAGCCUGGGGCCAAAACAACCAGGGCUUGACCAGCCAAGGCACAUUUUACCUUGGGAGGGCCAGCAUUUCUGCAGGAAAAAGCAUGUUUGGGGGCCCCUCCAUGGCCCCCUUUGCUCAGAGCACUCCUGAUCCUGGACCAGUUAAGGCAGGCAGCAGCCUUGGCUUUGGGAUUCACUUUCCACCUGCCCAGGGCUCUGUUGGGGAAGGAUCUUUCAAAUUAUCAGCCCCUUCAUUUUCCAUUGGUACAAAAUCAAAAACCCCAAAGAAUAGGGAGCAAAGGCAUUCCCGAAGGCAUCAUGCCCGCAAGAAAUAA